CUACUAUAAUCGAAGGCACGAGAACUAGAUAUCCGAGUCUGGGGGAGUUCCCUGGCCACAUGAUUUCAGGGCAACAGCCAAGCCCCCGUUGAUUGUCGCGAUUUCAUAUCGAUGGUGGGAGUUGGCGCACCUUCUCGUCUCCCAUUCGGCCGAUGUCAAUUGCGAAUAUUUCGGACUUGGCCAAACUGGAAUGACACCUCUUGGACUCGCUCUUAGUUCAUCCCUUUGGGAUAACAGAGACGGCGGUUCUCUCAGCCUUUGCCAAUUCCCUAUCGAACAGGGGGCAGACAAGUCGAAACUAUCUAGAAUGGUCUCAAACUCUGGGUUUCCCGGAGACCCUCCACUGUUUAUUGCAUUACGAACGAGUUUGCUCAAUGCGGCCCAAAAUGAUGGGCAAACAUUGCAACUGGAUGCAGUUUUAGACCUAUUAGCACCUGACGGCCCCAUUGACCUCAACACUCGCACAUUCUAUGGCUUAACGCCCCUGGGAAUGAUGACUCAGUUCUGCAAGCUUGACUCGAUGGAAAUCCUCUUGUCGAGGGGAGCAAAUCCAAACCAAGAGUUCGGUCUCACACAUACGACCUCGAAAACCUACCUGUCUCUAUCGUAUCUCCUCGAAGAUGGCAAAAAUUCCGAAACAUCACGGCACUCGGCCUUUUCGCUCUUGCUGGAACACGGUGCUUCUUUAUGGCAACCGAUUGACGGGUUGAGCACAAUCGAGAAUGCGAUUCGCCGUAAUGACGAGGGAAUCAUCAGCCUGAUCUACACCAGUAAAGCCGGUCGUAAGGCGAUCGAGAACCCACCUUCAGGGGAAUCAACAACAGCCGCCGAUUUGGUGGCUGCCUACGAGAAGCAGAGAAGUGGAAAACGGACAGGUUGUGGAAGGGAAGAAAAAGAUAAGGUUAAUAAGUUAGGUGAUGUAUCAUGUCCUGGUUGUAGGCUAUCGCUCAUUUUCAAGCAUCUCUUUACUAUUUACUUAGAGAUACAGCAGUUCACAAGCAGGCUCGAGACUUUAGUCAAGCCUCAAUGUGACCCCUCUUAA